GUUUACAAACUGGGCACGUCAAUUUCGGAGUCUUGUGAAAUUGUUUUUGUUUAGUUUUGGGUAGAUUCGUGUAAAUGACUAAGGAUUAUCGUGCGAUUAACUAAUAUUUCAACAUUAGAAUGGGCGUAAGGCACCUGGAAACGUUUAUUUGCCAAGAUGUACCAAAAGGGUGCUACCGAAUAAAUAUUGAAAAUGAAAUCCGGCGGUACUACAGCACCUGCAGGUCACAGAACCCACCGGGCCCGACGCUGGUCAUCGAUCUGAUGUCGUUGUAUCGGCCAAUCGGCAAUACGGACGUACCGGGGAGCAUGUGCGGUGGCCGCUACACGCUGAUAUACCAACGGUUGGACCGAUUUUUCGGCAAACUCAGGGAGCUCGGAGCGAAUCUGGUGUUCUACUACGAUGGUCCCGUCCAAGAGGACAAGUUUUCGACAUGGUACGAACGCCAGAAGAACAAGUACGCGAUCGGGAUUAAGAUUCUGGACGCUGUUGAUAAGGGCAUCAACUUGGAAACGUUGAUGAACCGGUUUCAGCGGGAUUUCCCCGGCAAUACGAUGUAUCCGGUGAAGGAAGUGGCAAAGAAACAUGGUCAGAUUAUAACGGCAAUAGCGAACGAGUGCGACAAGGAGUUGGUUCAGUAUGCCAACUCGGUUAACGCGCUGGCGAUCAUUUCAAACGACACGGACUUUUUGAUUUACAAGGGUUUCUGGCAGUACUGGUCUUGCAAGGAUAUGAACUUUGAAACGCUGACCACGAAGGCGUACAAUCGGGUCGCGUUGAUCAAACACCUUGGUCUGGGCUUUAAACAUAUGCCGUUGCUGGCUACUCUCGGUGGGAACGAUGUCAUUCACUACGAUGAGGUGAAGCAGUUUCACGGGACGUUGGGACGACCUGGAAGUAAAUUCCACGAUCUGGCUCGGUUCGUGGAACAGUUUCGGAUUCCGGUUAGUGAACACGACUUGAAGAAGGUGGUGGCUUGGGUGUUUGGCGAGAAUGCUGUUGACGACCAGCUAUUGCAGCGUUUUCGUAAUAGUUUAGAUUUGUACGAUCUGGAUAAACGAAAUCCAACUCCGACGUCGCAGAGCGAUCAAACGCUAAACGUGCUGCUGACGAUGCUGAACACGUUUAUGUAUCAAAUUUGGAUAGGUCACCCGGUCAAUGUAACAAGCUUGAUUACAGAUCUACGAGCCCAUAAGAUCGGUUGGCAGUAUCCACAGCUAGCGGUCCGACUGGUCAAGCGCCAGUCCGGGCUUGUUCUCUAUCACCGACAAAUGCUAACGGGUUCCAGUCAUCUACGCGUUGUGAUGAAGAUGAGUCACGAAGAGGACUUUGCCCUGCACGAACAUCAGGCGGAAUUCCCGGAGCACAUCAGAAUACCACCCCUUCUAGACUUACUCAGCAAACAGCCGGACAUUUGGGCCAGUCUAUUCGAAACCAAACUUGCCCUGUACUGCUGGAUUGCGUCCGACUCGCUGGACUUCCGCCAACUAACCCCGAUUCCGUCCAUCCUGCAUCCGACCGUCCUAACCCUCUACUUUCUGAUGGAAAAUGCCGUCCUGCACCUCUUCGAAGCCGACCUGCUGCUCCAAAUCGCCUGCGAGGUGGCCUUCGAGCGGUGCGAUCUGGAACGGGUGCAAUACCCACGACACAGGUUCAACCCACGGGCGUUCCGGAUUGCAUUUCUGUACCCGAAGGUGUACUCGCACAUGGCGAAAACGAUUACGCUCGUUGGGUUGGACGGCGAAGAUUACCGCGACUGCCACCAGUUUGACGGGGUUUUGUUCCACAAUCGGUACGAGGAGUGGGCGCAGCAGAAAGGGGACUUGGAAGACAUUAGACAGUGGCGGAUUUACGCACAUCUUGGUGGGGAAAGUGCAUGAGGUGCUUCGAAAAAUUCGAAUAAUCAUUGUAAAUAUUUUAAUAAAACAUUUUAAAAACACA